UUCCGCGUCUAUAGUCGGCCCGGGUCCGCGGUUCCCGUCACGUCGGCUUAUCACUGAUAACAGUCGUCUAAUGACAUGUCCCAUUGUUGAUCUCCUUCGAGUAAUCCAGACAAAAUACAUUUUAAAUCCAUAAGAGUGUUUUAAUAUUUUGAACUUGUGCAUACAAUAAACCUAUUUUUGUCCUUAGACUAUAGAACAAAUCUUGUUCUUCAGUAAACUCGUUUCUUGCAAGUCGGUUUCCCACAAAAUUCUAGAUCUCGCGACUCCAGGAUGCCUCCAGUCGCCCGACUGCCCUCCUCAUCGUACUGGAUCCCUCCGUCCCGCCGCCCCAGCGGGAUGAACAGCACCGCCACCUCCUCCACGACCGACUCCGCCGACUCCACUCCCCGCAACUACGUGGACCCUUGGGACCUCGAGAACUACGCCUACCUGCGCCGCCACUGUGCGGACCUGGAGGACUCGGACCCUGUGGUCUCUCUGUCCACCAACGGUCUGGACUCCGCACACUCAGAUUUCUACUUCGUCCCUGCGCGACAACCGUUGACUCCUCUGCCGCCGCCCCAAAGGGGUGUCAUGGUACGGAGACUCCACCGUCCCUCGCUGAUCGUGGCUCCUGAGGACACCGCCCUGGUGGAGGAGGAAGACUUCUACAACGCCCGCUGCGAGGUGACACCCUGCUGCCAUCAGCGGCUGAGGCGGCAGUCGUGCUGCCAGCAGCACAUGGCUUCCUUCCAUCCAGGGAUGUACGAGAAGGCCAAAGCGCGCCAGUUGACCACAGCUGAAGAGCCUCCCCCUCUGGUAUACGUCUAUCAGACCCCCCGCUUGCAUCGCAAAUCGUCCAGGCAGGUUAGGGAGUACAUACAGCCCAUUUCGACAUCGAGCGAAGAGAACGAGGGCCUGUAUGACGAACUGAUCAGCUUGGCUCGUCAACGAAAGCCUCAACACUUUGGACUCAGUUCAUUCGGUCACCUCAAAAUAGACUAUUCCUGCAACUGGAAUAACCUGGACAGAUACAUCGGUCACACCUGAGCUGACUACUGCAGUAUCUUAGAUUUUACUCUACUCGGACCUAAAGUGAUGAGAGAAACUAAGUAGACCACAUCUGCUUCUUUAGCUGGUAUAAACCUGUGAGAAAAACAGUACGGUUUUUUAUAUGCAAUAACAUUAGUUGCGCGUAUAAACCUAUUACUAUAAGCGUACUGUAUUCUUAUUCAUGGUUGUUCUUAUUUUAUGACCACUAUACUCACUAUUCACAAUGGCUUUUGUUCACCGGUUCAUAGACUUAAAUAUUGUUAUGAGUAUACAUUAUUAUAACAUGUUUGCUUUGCUUGAUAUUUUUAUAAAUCCAAUAAGACGGAGAUUUGUAGAUCAGUGACUGAUUGUUGUAUCAAGUCGACUACAAAGAAUAUUUAUUUCAAUAUCUAAUCUAUUUAGAUACAGUGAUGACUUACAAAAGGUCAGUUUACAAUCUGUACGGUUCCAUUUCAUAUCUACUACAAUACCAUGUUGAGCUUUUCUUGAAUUGGAGAAGAGUAAUGAGAAAUAUAAGGAGCCAGCUGUUGUGAAAAAACUUGAAUUUUCUCCCAUUGGAACAAUGUUUUUCUUGUAAAUUGUAUGUUUUAGUUUUUCUUGUAAAGUAUAUACAAAGAAUAUAUAAUAAUAAAACAACAAAGUACAAUAAAAUUCUGAAAAUAACUAGCAAUAUCGAAAAAACAAAAAUAAGGUUUUGAUCCAUAUUAAUCAUAUUUUUAAAAGAGACAAUAUCUCUAAUGAUUCUUAGACUAAAUAUACAAUAAAAAAGUGUACUUUUAGGACUCAUAAUGUCCUAAAAGUGUUUGUUCUUAUAGGGCUAAAAUGAAAACGGUUUUUAAAACACUUUAAAAAAUUCUCUGAAUAAAUGUUUCCCUAAAUUAGGUGCACUACCAUUAUUUUUAUUGGCUUUAGAACACUUACACUUUGUUUACUAUUGCAAUAACAGUAAUGUAUACAAGCAUACACAUGUGUGAGUGUGUUUUUGAAAUCCUCAUAACCCAGGAUCUGAGAAGCAAUUUGCAUUGCAUAUGCAAACAAAAUAUUUUUUCCUUUAGUAGAUGGAGAAAUGUCCCAUAAGGAAGACAUUGAUCAUUAGUCCCACUAACUUUGGUGGAGGUUGGAAUUGUAUUAAAGGAUUAAAAAUAUGAAACUCAUCAUAUUUUUCUUAGCUUGACAAACAACCAUCAUAUAUGUUAAGUAAGUGUUGGCUAACCAUAUACAGUCCUUACAGGUUGCAUUAUGAAAGUAAAAUACAUCUUCUGAUAAUAACAAAUUUACUCAUCCAAUUGGUAAAAAUGGUUAAAAUUCUUCACAAUAGUCUCCUCAUGCACCAACAUACCUGCAGAGACAAUUCUGCCACACUUGGAGAGCACCCUGGAACUCCUCGACUGGAAUAUCCCUCAGGAAUCUUGUAACAUGAACUUAGAUGUUCUCCACUGACUCCCAAUGCUUUUCCUUCAGCUCUCUCUUCAGUUGGGCAAACAAAAAAGUCACACAGGGCCAAGUCAGGGUUGUAAGGAGGCUGGGGCACCACAAGGUCUUGAUCUGGGUCAGGUAGUGACUGGGUAACGACAAAGCCCAUGAGGCUGGGGCAUUGUUGUGGUGGAGCUUGAAGACAUCUUGGAUUUCAGACCUGACAUGAGCGACCCAGCGUUUCAGUGUCUUGAGUAAGUGCAAGUAAAAGGCUGUGUUGACAGUUUGUACAAACUCAAAAUGGACGAUUCCUUGAAGAUUAAAGAGGACUAUCAGCAUUGUUUGAUGUAAGAUUUGUUCAUGUGUGCAUAUAUACGUUUGAGAGAAGCUUGCGUGUGCCACUCGGAGCUCUGCCUUUUAGAUUCAUUGCAUACAUUCCUUCUCAAAGGCCUCUCGAAGCAUUUUAUAAGUUCCAUUGCAUUCUUCCCAAGCCGUACACAAAACUUGAUUGCGUACCGUUGUUCCAGCGAGCGCUCCAUCACACCGUGACUUUGCGCAAAGAUACGUCUUACAACUCGUACUGCUUUGAGCGAACUGAGACCAAAUUUGUUUGGAAGGGCAUAACCCCCAACCCAUCAUCCAAACAGCUGCUACCAAUAAAUAGUUGUGUCACAAUAAAAUCAUGCACAUUACUUUCACAAUGCACCCUGUAUAUGUUGAUUUUAAGUAUAUCAUAUUAUGAAAAAUAAAAUCUAUGUAAAAUGUAAUCAUUUAUUUUUUUAACCCUUUUGAUACUUUCUUUCGAACUCCACUAAAACCGAUAUGACUAAUGAUUGAUUAUUGUCUUAGAUGAAAUUUCUCUAUAGAUUUAAAGAAAAACCAGGUUGUGUGUGUAUGCCAUGCAAAUUGCCUCUCAGCUCCUAGCCAAUGGGAAAUGAAAAAUACACAGCUGUUCCUCUUCGAGUAUUGCUUAUUUUUAGUAGGAAAACUUGCACAGGUGGUGUCAAACUAAUAAACCAGGGAGUUAUAAGUUUGCUAUAUAAAUAUUUAUUUCAGAUGUUAAAGACAAUAUUGAAACAUAACUGUUAUUAAGAAAUAUGUUCGUUUACAGGCACUCUAUAAAGCUCAUAUCAUUAUGUAAAUACUAUAGUUAAUAACUUGUUAUUUUCUUGUAAAUAAAUAAAUAUAAUUUUAGUA